ACAGAUAGAGAUGGAUAGAUGGAUGGAGAGGAAGGGAGGGAAUACCUGGAUACCAAAGAGAUGAAAGAAAGAGAGAGAGAGAAAACAGGGGAUGGCACCAUAGGGAGGGCCGCAAACGGUCGUCAGUGCGAAAACAAUCUGCCACUAAACGAACGCUUGCAAGCCACGCCCUCUACCUGUCGUUGGCCUUGGAGCCCUUAACCCAACGGCCGCCUCCACCUCUGCCUUCCCUGCCCAGAAUGACCCGUUCUUCCUCUCGUCCGACUGACAGGACCCAGGCGGAGCGGAUACGGAGGCCGCGGUGCUGCCGGGGACCCCAAGGGCUGCUCCCCCGCUACUCGGGGAGGCAGGCGGAAGGCCAGGAGAUACUCUUCAAGCUGACGGACAACCUGCAGGAGGAGUUCUUCAUCGCGGUGGAGAACGUGGACGGCUACGGCGUGAUCAUCUCCUCCAAAGCGGUUUACUUCCUCAAGAGCGGCGAGACCAUGGACCGAGAGGCCAUCUUCCUGGAGGUCAAGUACGACGACCUCUACCACUGCCUUAUCUCCAGGGACCAUGGAGAGGUCUACGUCCAGCUGACCAAGAAAGCCGUCAAUUCGGCCAGCGGCGUGGCCAUGCCGGGCCCGUCGCAUCAGAAGCCCAUGGUCCACGUCUCCGCCGAGGACGUGGCCGUCCGUCUCUGCCAAGAAAUCAACUAUGCAAAGAGCCUUUUUUAUGAGCAGCAACUCAUGCUGAGGUCCGGCGAGCAGCACGAACAGUUAGAACUGGACUCCUGACCCUCUUUGGGAGAAAACGCGGCCGCCCCCCAUCGCCACACCCCCUCGGCUCAGCCGGAGAACCGGGCCUCCUAAGAACGGUUUUGGAUGAAGCACAGACGUCAAAAACUCUGCAGGGGAGGAAAACAAAAAAUUCGAUCGUGCACCAACAGCCCAGACCCUUCAGAGAAGAAAACCCGGUAUUUUCUUAACCGUGUGUGUGUGUGUGUGUGCGUGUGUAUAAUACAUAUACAUGUGUGUUUGUGUGCAUCUCUAUGCACACUUUAUCGCACACGCCGGCAAGGUUGUAAAAAGUCAUUUUUUCCUUGUAAAGAAAUGAUAGGAAAAGUUAUAUUGCACUGAUUUUUGAGCAUUUUUUUUUUGUUUUGGGGCGGGGGGAGAGCAGGAAAGGCACUUUUAUUUUCCCUUCCUUUUGCUGGAAGCGGCAAACAGAUCAGUCGGCUAUCUCGAGAACCAGAGGGUGGGGGGACGGGGGACGGGACCCUCAGUCUCUCUCUCUACCCCGGUCAGAAUCACAGGGGAGGGUUUGUGUGUGUGUGUCUCUCUCUAUUUUGGCACCUCAGGGCCAAAGAGUGGUGGUGGUGGUGGUGAGGACAGUGAUUUCCCUGGGUGAGAGACCCUUCCCCGUGGCGGGGUGGGGAAAGGAAGGGGUGGUUUUAAGGAGAACCGAACGAGAACGUCGGUUUAUCAAUGUAAUAUUUGCAAAUCUGAUCCUGAGGAUUGAUUAAUUAAAAAAAAAAAGGCAAAAACAGA